ACCUGAGCGAGUCCUGGUCCACAGAGGGACUGGGCCCAUGAGGAGCAUGUCCUCCCCAGUGAUGGUGUGGUGCUCUCAGGGACAGGCCUGCAGACAGGUGCUCUGUAGAGGCUUCAGUCUGGCUGCUACCAGCCAAGUGGAGGAUGGAGCAGUGGAGCGUGGGGCAGUGGGGAGUGUGGGGGUCCGGAGGAGGGGUGUAGAUGGACGUGUACGCAGCUUUGAGGAGAUCCCUCACACGGGACGCAACGGUUGGGUCAACCUGCUCAAGUUCUGGAGAGAGGAUCGCUUCAGACACCUGCACAAGCACAUGGAGAAGACCUUCAAGGAGCUGGGACCAAUCUACAGGGAACAUGUGGGCACCCAGAACACAGUGAACAUCCUAUUGCCGGGCGACAUCAGUGAGUUGUUCCGGUCCGAGGGGUUGCACCCUCAGAGGAUGACCCUCACGGCCUGGGCCACACACCGUGAGAUCCGCCAGCACAGCAAAGGGGUCUUCCUCAAAAACGGCAAGGAGUGGCGAUCCGACCGCCUGCUGCUCAACAAGGAGGUGAUGAUGGCCUCCGCUGUACGACGCUUUCUGCCCCUGCUCAACGAAGUGGCCACAGAUUUCUGCCAGAUGCUGAUUGGACGAGUGGAGCGGGAGGGGCGGGGCCAAGGGGGCAGGGGCGGCCUCACCAUCGACCCCAGCCCUGACCUCUUUCGUUUUGCCCUGGAAGCCAGUUGUCACGUCCUCUACGGGGAGCGUAUCGGCCUUUUCUCCGCCUCUCCGUCGCUGGAGUCUCAGAAGUUUAUCUGGGCGGUGGAGAGGAUGCUGACCACCACUCUGCCUCUGCUGUUCCUGCCCCCUCGCCUGCUCCUCCUCAUCGGCGCUCCCCAGUGGACCCAGCACGCCAAAGCAUGGGACCACAUCUUCAGCCAUGCUGAGUCACGGAUCCAGAAGGGCUACCAGCGCCUGUCCUCCUCCAGAGAGCAGGGGUCAUCCACAGCGACCAGCAGGGGGCAGUAUCCAGGAGUUUUAGGUCAGCUGAUGGAGAAGGGACAGCUGUCUUUGGACCUCAUCAAAGCCAAUCUGACCGAGCUGAUGGCCGGAGGGGUGGACACAACUGCUGUCCCUCUGCAGUUCGCUCUCUUUGAACUGGGUCGAAACCCCGACGUGCAGGAGGAGGUGAGGAAACAGGUGAAGCAAUCGUGGGCUAAAGCCGGGGGUGAUCCUCAAGUAGCUCUACAGGGGGCGCCACUCCUCAAAGCCACCAUCAAGGAGAUACUCAGGUUGUAUCCAGUCGGCAUCACGGUGCAGCGAUAUCCAGUCAGAGAUAUCAUCAUCCAGAACUACCACAUACCCGCCGGGACAGCGGUCCAGGCCUGUUUGUACCCGAUGGGGCGGAGCGCAGAGGUGUUCCCUGACCCCCUGCGAUUCGAUCCGGGCCGGUGGGCGAGCAGAGGAGAGGAGGCGGGUACAGGCACAGAGGGGGCGGGGUUUCGGUCUUUGGCGUUUGGCUUCGGGUCGAGGCAGUGUGUGGGGAGACGGAUCGCGGAGAAUGAGAUGCAGCUGCUCCUGAUGCAUAUCCUGCUGAACUUCCACUUGACGGUGCCGUGUCCAGACGACUUGGAGACCACGUACACUUUAAUCCUCCAGCCGCGGGUUCCUCCCAGAAUCACGUUCAACAAGCUCUGAUUCAGCUCAUAACAAACACAGCUCAAGUUAUGACU